CAUGGGACCGCGCGUGCGGCUGCCGCUGCCGCUGCUGCUGCCGGCGCUCCUGCUGUCGGCGCUGCCGCUCGGGGCCGCGGCGGCCACGCCCUCGCCCCCGCGCUCUGCGCAAGCCAGGCUGACGCCUCCGCCCGCCGUGACGAACGGGAGCCAGCCGGACGCUCCGCACAACAGCACGCGCGUGUGGCCGGCGGGCGCGCCGGGCUCCCCGCUGCAGCGCUCCUUCUACGUGAUCGUGGGCCUCGGCGGCCUGGCUGCGCUCUACUUCCUCAUCCGGGCUAUCAGGCUGAAGAAGCCGCAGCAGAGGAGGUACGGGCUCCUGGCCAACACCGAGGACUCCCCCGAGGUAGCCUCGCUGGACAGUGAUGAGGAGACCAUGCUGGACACGAGGAGCCCCCGAUGAUGCGAGGCGCGGCUGUGGGCGGAGGACGAGAGACAGCAUCCAGCCAGCGUUGGCCCCACCUGCACCCCUGCUGGCGUGGCGCUGGCCACACGGAGCAUCCACUCUCAGAUCUCCCAUCGGGACCCACGCAUCCGGCGGAGCCACCUCUGCCCCACGCACACCCCUCGGACACGGCUGCAGCCUGUGCGGACGCCAGGGGGCUCUGUGAUGACCCGGCAGCCGGCAGCCGAGGCCCGCUGGGCAGGUGGACUGAGGGACAAUAAACACACAGUGG